CCCUAAUGGGGAUAUCUAUCUUUCCCUUUGUAUGGUAUCUAUCGUACACGACGGACCGACACACUCAAAACCUUUAACGGCGGACACACACACAUCGUCACAGCUCGUCAUGCCCCUUCUGCCCAUCCUGUCUGUCAGCAUCAGCAGCAUCACCCGCCCCUCGAGCAACGAAGUCCGUCAUGAACAGAUGGGCCACGUUGCGCGCACCCACCGCCUCGCUCUCCAUGCAGCUCACUGGGGCCUGGAGGGGCCACACACACAUGCCCUCUGUCAGUCUGUGAGUGAUGCAUGGAAUGGAUGCGUGUCGUGCCUCACCUCCAUAGCGCUGACGUAGUACAUACCCCUGCGAAAGCGGAAAUGCGGCCAGUGCGCCAUCGGACGCAAUAUAGGGUACGCAGCGCUGACAGACAAACAGACAGACAGACAGACAACACACAAGGGAGAAACGGGGUUAAGGGAAGCAGGUGUUGGUUUGCGUGUGUCGGUUGGUGGCAUGCUGUGGUCGUCACUCACAGCCAGUCGACUCGUGUGAUGGUUGAGAUGUUGACGAACAUCUCCUUCAGCAGGGAGUCGGGCGGAGGGGUGCGGGAGAACACCUGAAGGAUGGAUGGAUGGACGACACAGACAGACAGACGUGUCUGCCGCUGCCAGUGGGCGUGUCGUGUGUGUAGGUUUCUCUUAUUCACCCACCUUGUAGACGUGUCUCUUGUCGGUUGGUGUGUACCCCUGCAACCCAAUCGAUGUGAUUGGCAGUGACGCUGCAUCGAUCGCAUCCGCAUCCAUUCGAUGCACAGCACACGGAGAGAGGGGUGACACAUACGCCACGCCUGUGAGCUGAGCUGAGCUGUGUUGUGUCGGCUGUCCCGUCCCCACCCGGGCCACCCGCCCACCCCACCUAUCUCGGGCGUGAAUAUGAGGUCGACCGGUUCGUCAUGUUUCAUGGAGAAGUACUUCUUAUCCACACCAUCACACGCCACAAAGGUGGCAUACGUCGUCUGACAGACAGACAGACAGACAGUCGAACACGCCAACAGAGACACAGAUGCCUGAUGUGUCAGACUGUCAAUACACUCACCCCCACCCACCUGAUACUUGAGCGGCUCUUCGACUGCCUCUUCGACAAUGGGGAUGCUGUCGUCAAGGGAGAUACCGCUCAGGCCCAUCGGAGCAGCCAGCACCACAGCGUCAUAGUGCGCAUCCGAAAUGGCCGACAGGGAAGAGUCGUUGGCACCACCAGCAGCAGUAGCAGAGGCCGCAUGCACGGCGAAGAGCGGCGGAUGGCCUGAGAAUGGCUCGAUCAGACUGACAGAGCGGACCGCUCUGCCGAGAAGAACCUAGAUAGAAGAACCACGCAAAUGGUGUAAGCAAGCCAAGUGUGUCUGUCUGGGGUCUUGUCACUCCUUUGUUUACCCUGUCAGCGCUGUGUCUGGCGAGUCCUUCGGGCACACGCGAGUUGCCCUCCUUCACGCGCCACACACUGCCCACCAGAGAGCCGCCGGCCAGCGAUACUGAUACCAUCGCCACACACACACACACACACACAGAGGCAAGAAAUCGGGUGCUUGCACUUCUCAUGGUGCCAUCGCUAUCGCACCUUGAUUCGCGAAUGCAUUCAGGGUUGACAAGGACUGGCCGUAGUUGACACGGGAGAUGCCCUCCACCCACUCGUCCAUAAAGAGUGGCUUCAGCCUCUUCCGCCGCAGAAACUCACCAGCCGUCACCUGCGUCUCGUCGUACAGGGCCAGCCCCUCAAACAGACCCUUGGGCGAUGCAAACCCGCCCCCAAAGCACUCCGCCUCGCCGUCAGCACAUGGGAAUGCUCUCUGGCGGAAGCUCUUGUAGAGCGGCGUCCACUUCUUGAGGGUCCUGUUGACGGUUUGUGACGCGUGGAAGAGUGUGGCGAGGCCGUAUCGCCACAGGAUGGAGAAGAGGGUGACGAUGGAGUUGCUGUAGCUGUGCCACAGGAUGGACGUGCCGUCCCAAAUGUAGACGCGACCGUCUGGGCAGAAACAAACAGAGGAAAGUGACUACGUGGAGGCAGGCAGGCUUGUGGUGUUGUUACCUGCAGAUGGGGUGGUGGCAGUCAGAUUCAGAAAGUCGACGGCCUCCUGCGCAUACCAUAAACAGACAUAACAGACGCUGACACAAUUAAGCUUGCCGUGUUUGCAUAAUACAUACCUGCAUAAACUCAUUGGAGCUGUGGAGAAUGCCGGCGCCCGCCUCCACACGCAAUCCCUCGACCUCCACCUCACGCACCCUCCCGCCCAGCACAGACUCCUUCUCAUAAAGAUCAAUCAGCCACUCAUCCCUCCGGCCUUCCUCCUUGAGCAAUUGGUCCACAAAAUAAGAUGUGAACGUCCCCGCUAUGCCGCCGCCGAAUAUCGCCAGCCGCCUCUUCUUGCCUGGUGCUGGAGACCACUUCUCGCCGCGAGCAGCGAGGACAAUGAAUGCCCAGACAAAAAGGAGGCAGAUCUUUAUGUUUCUUGAUGACGUCAUGAAGCAGGCAUGCUGUGCAUGUUGGGAGAGCCCGACAAAGAUGGCGUUUUGGGGCAGC